AUGGAUUCCUCCUCCUCCUCUGCCUCCUCCGGCCUAUCCUUCCAAUCCUACUCCUCCAGCGAGCCGGAGCCGGACUUCGACCUGAUGGCAGUGUACGAAGCCCUCGCCCCAGAAUGGUGGGAUGAGAGGGAUUGGGUCUUCACCGACGAGUCGGAGGACGACGCCUCCCUGACCGACGGGGAGGACAACCUCCAGCUCCUUGUGGGUGGAGUGGUGGAUCCGCUGUGUGAAGUCGCUCCGACCAAGUGCGUCAGCCUGGACUGCGAGUUCACCAUCGCGAAGCCAGGAAGCCAGAAGGACCUUCCACUCCAGCACAGGCAGCACAUCGCGUCGCUAGCGAGGUGCUCGUCUUCCAUAUUGUGCACGUGGCAAUGCAGUGUUGCAGGCCCUCAGGGAAUUCCUUGGGGUGUUGUUAUCGGCAACAACCUGAAGAUGCUCGAGUAUUAUAACCUUGCAGCCAUUCUGGGGGCUCAUGACCUCCAGAGGAUCAUCCCUAACCCGACAAAGAACUGUCCUCCUUCGCUCUAUGAUCUGUCCAACCAUUACGUUGGGAAAAAGCUUGUGAAGAAUCCUCACAAUUCCAUUAGAUGCGACAAUUGGUCCGAGUUCCCAUUGGACUAUGAUCAACUCAAGUAUGCCACUCUGGAUGCGCAUAUCAACUUCAUAAUAGCUAGGAAGCAAUGUCAUCUAGUCGGCUACGAUAGCAUUAUGGAUCACCUCAAUGUAGAGAUGAUGUAA